AUGGCUAGCCCAGCAUUCCACUCCAAGCCCCGGCCCGUCCCGCAGUUCCCUCCAACUCCAAAAACAAUAAUAAAACCUCCAAGGUUCUACUCGAACCAGAGUUUGAUCGUUCCGAGAUCAAAGCCGACAGGACCUACUACAGAGUCAGAGAACAACAAAGAAUGCGUCUGCGAGAGGCCAGAAGCCAUAGUCAUUUGCAGAAAGUAAGAAGUCCCGCUUGAAGAAAAACAUUUUCAGAUGUGGAUCAGAAUUACUAGGUCGCAUUCAAAUGUCAUGUCCUGCUCAUCCACGAAAGAUGUGCCUAAUGGAUCAACGUGAAUGUCCCAGCACAACGUGCCGUUCCAUUGCCUUGAUGGAGAUAACGCUGGAAGACUAA